ACGGAUGUAGAGGCGGUGCUAGAUUGUAUUUGCGUAAACUGCAUGUUACGGUUUCCCGUAUUGCAUUUGGUGAAACUCAGUCCCUUGAUAAAGUAGCAUGGCGUGGAAAGCCUGUUUCCUUGUAAUUGUUGUAUUCUGUCUCUUCAUAGAUGGCCAGGCUCAGCAAAUUUCAACACUGAAGAUGCUGACCAGGGCAAACAACGACACCGACGGAGGGAAGACACCGUCCGGGGUAAACAAUGACGCUGACAGAGGGAAGACACCGUCCAGGGUAAACAACGACACCGCCGACAGAGGGAAGGCACCGUCCGGGGUAAACAGCGACACCGCCGACGGAGGGAAGACACCGUCCGGGAUAAACAGCGACACCGCUGACAGAAGGAAGACACCGUCCGGGGUAAACAAUGACGCUGACAGAGGGAAGGCACCGUCCGGGGUAAACAGCGACACCGCCGACGGAGGGAAGACACCGUCCGGGGUAAACAACGACACCGCCGACGGAGGGAAGACACCGUCCGGGGUAAACAGCGACACCGCCGACGGAGGGAAGACACCGUCCGGGGUAAACAGCGACACCGCCGACGGAGGGAAGACACCGUCCGGGGUAAACAGCGACACCGCCGACAGAGGGACGACACCGUCAGUCACACCGACUGAGGCGAGCAGUCACUUUGUAAUUUACCUGAUAAGUGGCUCUUUGUUUGUAGCAGUAAUGUAUAUUCUCUACCACAACAAAAGCAAGAUCAGUGGAUUGUGCCAGAAAAAUGGGCCCAGUAGAAGUAAACGUCCAAACGUAUCUGAAUAUCAACGUCUUGAUCAGAAUUUAAGUGAAGUAAUUACUAGUCUGCAAAAGAGAAACCUUGACUAAAGAAAUUUUGUUAUAAAACCUCAGGUUUACAACAUUGUUUCAAAAUACUUUGAAGUCCCUGCCUUAAAACUGAAUUGUGAGGAAUAAAGAAGUCAAAGCAGUUUUUUUUUAAAUGUCUCAUUCCAUGUUGGAGAUUUCAGAUUUCACCUGUUCCUGCUAGUGAACUAGAUGGAAGAAAUGCACAUUAUCAUAGUUCACAUCUAAUAUCAGAAGUGCCUCUUAUCCUGUACUUUAAAGCUUGAUCUACUUAGUUUUGUACAAAAUAAUCCUGAAACAAUGUCAAAUUCAUUGUAAAAUGUUGAAAUGUAAUUUUGUUUGCAGAGCUGAUGCAUUUUGUACAAGCACUUAUAAAACAGAUUCUUUCAGAUGCAGUAAGUUUUUAAUGAUUAAAGUAAGCUUGAUGUAUCCGA